AUGAAAUUCUUUUGGAGAGAUGGGCAGCAGCAGACGAAGCAAAAAGACAAGCAGCAGCAGCAGCAGCAGCAGCAGCAGCAGCAGCAGCAGGAGCAGCAGCAGGAGCAGCAGCAGCAGGCAGCAGCAGCAGCAGCAGCAGCAGCAGCAGCAGCAGCAGGAGCAGCAGCAGGAGCAGCAGCAGCAGCAGGAGGAGCAGCAGCAGCAGCAGCAGCAGCAGCAGAAAACGAAAAACAAAUUAAAAAAGAAACGGCUCUUAAUGAAGCGGGAGAUGUACAAACAGAAACAAAUCAGACUCAGGAUGAGCCUCGCCUGCUGAAACUCACAACCCCAGAUACCAAUGCGGCCUUCGCUGCUGCCACCGAAAAGAUUGACCGCGUUUUGAGUUUGAAAGUGGAGGCCCUCAAGGAGAAAGAAAAGGCUGAAGCAGCAGCAGCAGCUGCAGCAGCAGCAGCUGCAGCAGCAGCAGCAGCAGAUCACGCAGGAGCAGCAGCAGGAGGAGCAGCAGCAGCAGCAGCAACCAGCGAAGUAAGCAUCAACCAGACGCAGCAACAACAGCAGCAGCAACAGCAGCAGCAACAGCCGCAGCAACAGCAGCAGCAACAGCAGCAGCAACAGCAGCAGCAACAGCAGCAGCAACAGCAGCAGCAACAGCAGCAGCAGCAGCAGCUGUAG